AUGGCUCUCAACGUUCGCAAUAAACUAGGUUUUAUUGACAGUACGAUUCGUAAACCUCCUCCUACUAGUCGUGACUCUGGAUCUUGGUCAAGAUGUAACGAUAUGGUAGCUACCUGGCUUAUGAACUCGGUUUCUAAGAAUAUAGGCCAGAGUUUGUUGUUCAUGUCUACUGCGGAAUCUAUUUGGAACAAUCUGAUGUCACGUUUCAAACAAGAUGAUGCUCCUCGCGUUUUCGAGACUGAACAACGUCUCAGUAGUCUUACACAGGGAUCUCUUGAUGUUAGUGCUUACUAUACUGAAUUGAUUACCUUGUGGGAAGAAUACAAGAAUUAUAUCGAAUUGCUUGUUUACACAUGUUGUCGUUGUGAGUGCAAUGCAGCUUUGUUGUGGGAACAGAUGCAGCAGCGAGGACGCGUCAUGAAGUUCCUGAUGGGGUUGAAUGAGGCUUAUGAACCGACGCGUCGUCACAUUCUCAUGUUGAAGCCUAUUCCUCCCAUUGAAGAGGUUUUCAACAUUGUUGCUCAAGAUGAGAGACAUAGGAACAUCAAACCACCUCUUAAGACAGAUUAUGUAGCCAUUCAAGCUACUUGA